AUGGCGCCAAAGGCGUCUUUUCGUCAACUUGACUAUUUUUUGCUUGUUGGCUUUCCGGUUGGGGCUUUUGCUGCUUUGGAGAUGAAUAAUAAGACCCCGGAGGUUGAAAGUGAGACGGCAUCCAAAAACUUAUGCAAACGUGGGUGCGGUUUCUACGGCAGUGUGCAGUUCAAUAAUAUGUGCUCCAAAUGCUACCAAGAGUUUCUAAAAAGUGAAAAAUCGACUCAGACCUCAAAAAACGUGUCUGCUACUUACCCACCGCUAACACCCAACCAGUCGGUUCUUUUGAAUGAUUUGGACAUAUUGAAAAAGGCUUCUCUGUCCCGUCCUGAGACUUUUGCCUGCAAAAGGAAACUACCUGCAUCUGAGAGUUCAGAAUCCUUAUUUUCAGUCGCGUCUUCUGAAUCAGAAACAGUACCUGGAACUGAUUUGAUUAACAUUCCCAAAGUCCAUGCUCAACGUACGGUGAAUCGGUGCCAGAAGUGCAAAAAGCGUGUUGGUCUCACAGGAUUUCAGUGUCGAUGCGAGGGAUUGUUUUGCGCUCUUCAUCGAUACUCCGAUCAGCACGAUUGCACCUUUGACUACCGCAAACAGGGUCAAGAUCAAAUCGCCCGUGACAAUCCCGAGGUGCGUUGUCCGAAAAUCCGCAAAAUUUAG